CUCGGUCUCUCCCUCAGCCGCCGCCAUGGCCCGCAAGAAGCUGCACCGGCCCAUCGCCGCCAUGGCCAGGAAGAUCCGCGAGUACCGCGCGCUGAAGGAGCGCCCGCGGGACUCUCAGCGCUUCGCCCUGGACUACGAGACCAUGCGGCCGCUGACGCAGAAGCGGCUGCCGGUGCGGGCCUGGGAGGACGUGCGAACGAGAACGGUUUUUCGCGCUUGCUCUGCGCUGCGGCUUCGGCGUGGGCCGCACGUCACCCGCAUCUGGCUGUGGGCGCACGACGGAGCCUGCUACUGGUCAUCACAAGGUGAAGCGGACUACACGGCCGAGGACAUGGACCAUGGAAGAGCCUGGGGCUACCUGACCUUCAGAGGCAAAACUGAAGAGGAAGUGAGAGAGAUUGAUAAAGUCAUGUACCAUGACUGGCGUAUGGUGCCCAAGCACGAGGAGGAGGCCUUCAAGAAAUUCACCCCAGUGCCUGAGGAGACUGUUCGGUUCCUGCCGUACCCGCCGCUGCUCCGAGCCAUGAUCCUUGCCCAGUGGCAGAAGGAGGGAAAACCAAUCACAGAGGAACCAGUUAUUGAUCUGCAGAAGGUCCUGGCCACUCCCCGAGAACGGGCAAAGAAAAAAGCUACAGGGACACCUGUAUAAAGACUUUUUCUGUGUCCCCAGCUUCUUACAUGCCUCUCACUGCCUGUUAGAAGCCCAGUGCAUGGGGAUGUUACAGAGACCCCCGUGCCCACCAUGGUAGGGUGUAGCCAGGUUCCCUGGCUUUCUCCCCAGCCCUGUACAGUCACCUCAUCUCAAAAGGAAGAUGCAGAUAUAUUCAGACUCCUUUUCCGUAACAUUGGUCUCAGUCAGCAGAGGAACCUUCUUGGUUCCCUGAGUAGUCUCUGAAUACACAGCUCCUGUCAGCCAGCUGCAAUUCUUUGGAGCAUAAUUUUCUUUAUAGCCUGAAAAUUAAUCUUUUGACAACAUUUUUUAGAUAAUUUGGGUCCUGCAUGAAUCACAUGGAAAUGACUAAUAACAUCACAGUAUUUCAGAGAGCUGUGAAGAAAUGUAUCUGCAAAUGAAAAUAAAUGUUGUCUUAAUUCUGCAGCACA